UGCAUAACACACGUUGGAAGCAGCCUUUGCACGCAGGUUCUUGGUGUGAGCUCCAGCAGUGAGAGGGGGAACUUCCUUUUUUUUUUUUUUUUUUUUUUUGUUGUUGCUUGCAGAAGGGGGACAAGCGCACCGGAAUCCACAGCAGAAAGAGCCGGAGCAGAGCUUUACCGGACCCACAAAGGGGCGAGAGAUCCAGGAAGAGGAGUCCUAGGAAAAACCAGCACACAUACACACUGACAGGCAGGAAGGAUCCUUGGACAUGCUCUGCAAGCAGUGGCUGUGGAGAGACUGAUUCCUGUCAACAUCGUGGAAGAGGCGCAUCGGUCAGAGAUGAUUCCUCAUGAAGUCUAUGGAGCUCAUUUGGUGAGCUGGAGUCACUCCAUCUACUCUGGUGUGAGACCUGUAGCCGUCCACCAGUGAACACACAGAGCCACAAAGCACAAAGAAAGGCUGGACAAAUCCACUGGUGAGAAAGUAGCCUCAGAGGAACCUAGAAGUCGUACCGGGGGGAUUUUAACACCACAGUGGCAAAAUGAAAGCCAACCAAGAGCGGAGUAAUGGAUGCCUGCCUCCUAAAAAGCGCGAGAUCUUGGCCCUGGAGCAGAGGCCGGUGGUUGUAGCCACAGCAACGCCUCCGGCUGCAGUGGCUGCUGACAGUCCCCACACAGAAAACCUAGCGUGGCUGGCCAGUGUAGCCAGUGAACGCUGCAAGUCCAGGGAGGCAGAGAGCCCGAGAUGUCCUGUCUCCUCCAUAUCCUCCUCGUCCUCUCCCUCCACUUCUAUCCCCUCUUCAGCCACUCCUCUGUCAGCAGUGCCCUUGGCGUCUCUACCCGCAGUUUACCCCACAGCCCUUCCCCAGCAAGCUGGAACAAUCCAGUUUGCUCAGCUGGGACCCAACGUUCAGUUCAUCAGCUCUGGGCCCUAUGCCGGCUACAUCUCCUCUCACAUCAUCUCAACGAACGCUAAUUCUGCGCCCAACAGCUCUGCCAUAGUCGGACAGCGUCCCCAGCUGGACGGCUACACCACUGCCCUGAUCUCCCCCAACACCAAAGGGGAGCAGCAGUUCCAAAUAGGCCUCUCCCCCACAGAGCUGGCUCCCGCUUCACUACCAAGCUCUCCUCAAGUCACCAGCCAGUACAUCCAUCUGGACAGCAGAACACCUCUGACUGUCAGCGGAAACGCGGUCACCUCACCCACAGCCCACCUCCAGCUCCACCCUCACACAGCCGUCCUCCCCCAGACGCUCACCCUCGCUCCUUCACAGCUUGUGGUUCAGUAUGCAGAUGGUUCCGCUGGAAAGAAACCAGAGGGGCAUGCCAAGGGUGUGCUGAACGGGGAACUGGAGGUGGUCAAACAUGCAAAAGCCUCCAGUCAGCCAGCAAACCAUCAGCAGGUCCAGAGCUACGAAGCCAGACACAUCCUGCUUCCGGCCGACUAUGCCCAAAACCCUGCAGGACUCCAGACCUCCCUGGUGCUCGUGGCUCAGCCCAACCAUGGAGCUGAACAUGAACCUGGCUCAAAUAAGAUCUCCUUAGUCCAGACUGAGAAAGGAGGCAUUUGUUUGGGGAAGCCAGUGUCCAGAUCUUCCUCUUUCACCUCCCUCUCUUCCUCCGAAGUGGUAAAAUCUGUUGCUCCUCAUACCGUCAUCCAGACCACUCUCCCCCCUGAGGAGCUGCCAGCCAACCUCUACUCGUCAACGCAGCCACCCAUCAUUGGCUACAUCACCAGUGCAAACCAGCAUGCUGUCAGCUACCACGCGGCACUGCCUCAGCACCUGGUCAUCCCAAGUGGACAGUCCCUCCUCAUCCCGGUCAGCGGUGCCAACAAUGGCACAGAAAUGGAAGUUAGUCGCACCGUCAGCGCCCUGACCGCCACCACUACUCCUCAAAUAUCCACCGCCAUGCCGCACGCCUAUCUGGCCACGGCCCUGUCUAAGUGUGAGGCACUUGGGCCAGAUGGAAACCAACCACCGCCUGCUGUUGCACAGGCCCCCGCGUUGCCGGUGCUGCCCUCGAACCCUGUCCCUGCAGUGGUGGCAGCUCCGUCCCCGACUCCCACCAGUGUCCCCACCCCUGCCCCGGCCGCCAUCCAAGCCUCGCCCUCCAUUUCCUCUUCCUCUUCCCCCGUGGCGCUUCCUCCGUUCUUCAUGCGAGGCUCCAUCAUCCAGCUGGCCGACGGGGAGCUGAAGCGAGUGGAGGACCUCAAGACGGAGGACUUCAUCCAGAGCGCCGAGAUCAGCAGCGAGCUGAAGAUCGACUCCAGCACCGUGGAGCGAAUCGACAGCGGGCAAAGUCCUAAUGCUGUGGUCAUUCAGUUUUCUGUGGGAGAGCUCAAAGCCCAGGUGUGUGUGGAGGUGCUGGUGGAAUAUCCGUUCUUUGUUUUCGGCCAAGGCUGGUCAUCAUGCUGCCCCGACCGGACCACGCAGCUGUUCGAGCUGUCCUGCGCGAAGCUCUGCGUGGGCGACGUCUGCGUGUCGCUGACCCUCCGCGGCCUGAGGAACGGUUCUCUAACGGACAGCCAGGCUCUGGGGACGAAGCUGAAGACCGGCCACCUCUCCGACUCCUGCCACAGCGCCGAUCCCAACGUGAGGAACAGUGUGAGCCCGAGCGCUGCAGGCAGUAACGGCGGCCUCCUCAUGAAGUCUUCCAGCGCUGACCGACUGGAGAGGCAGCACGUCACCGGACCGGGAGGGGAGCUAAUGGCGGGAUUGGGGUUGGUGCAAGGACAGGCGGAGGGGAUCUACAGAGCUGGACCGGGAGAAGUAAGACAGGAAUCAGUGAAAACAGAAACCCUCUCUAAACUGCAAUGUGGAGAUCCAGAGAGACCCACAGUCCGCAAGAGACGCUGGUCAGCUCCAGAGAGAGACCAGACGGAGAGAGCUGAGGAUGAGCCUCCCGUGACUCUGCCCAAACCCUCCUUCAUCCCUCAGGAGGUCAAAAUCAGCAUAGAGGGCCACUCUAGUACUGGGAGCGAAAGAUGCUUGAACAAAAGAGUAGACUGUUGAGAGGAACUUUGAGGAAUUUUAAAUACCUGUGGUUUGCUUUGUGUUUUACCCCCUCCCCCUCCUUGUCUUUUCUCUCUAUCCAGACUACUGUAAUAUAGACUGAGUUUACGCAGUAUUUACAUGUUUUUCUUUUCUUUCACGCGAUAUCUAAGAUGAAGUACAGUAGAGCACCUUCACAAGUGGUAUCACACACAAGAUCAGUGCAAUCAAUGCUGAAAGCAAAAACGAAUGCAGCGUGAAUGUUGAGCGUGAAUGGCAGUCCGACACCUGGGAGACAUCCGGUAGACAUAUCAUGAGCAGGAUCUCUUUUGUUAAACCUGUUGGAUGCAGACCGGUCAACCGUUUCUCUGAUUACACGAACAAGCACAGACCCCGAUGUCAGUGUGUGGAAAGUGAUAUUUUGAGUCUUUGUUUUACCGUUUCUUUGGUUUUGCGGAGAUGCGAGCGGCAGCGUGAAAGCAUGUCGUCGGUGUUUUGGCGACACUAAAUCAUCCCGGCUGUGAUCUCUGCCGUCUGAAGCUUUUAGUUUAAUAUUAUCACAUCAAUUUCCAUUUUCAUACCAUUACAAAUGCUACUGCAGGUGGCCUCGUCCCUCUGUGUCGCUGUGUGUGUCUGUGUGUUUUUCCUGUGCGUGCUGUCAAACAGAGCACAGGAUUCAGGUGUGUGUGUGUGUGUGUGUGUGUGAUGCGAGUUACCUGCAAAUCAAGAUUGAAAAGUCCUGAAUGUAAACCACUCGAUUUGUCCUCAGUACUGACUCAUGUGCUGUUUGCUACACCACUGCUGAGAGUUUGAUCCCAGUGCUUUUUGCAGUAUAUCGGUGCCAGUAGUUGCAUUCCUCUGGUGAAGUUGUCUUUUACCUUGAUUCACUGACCUUGAGCUGUAGUCUCGCAUUUCCUUUCACCAUUUUACAUCCGUCUUUCUGUAGCUGUGGCUUCAGUGUGCAGCACUUCAGAUCCUUACAACCAGAGAAAAAUCCAAAUGUUUUUUUUAACUCUAAUAUCACCACAUGAGGUUUCAGCCCUUUUACUGCAAUACAUAAUUGUGUGAAGUAAUAUUUUUGGCCACUUGAGGGCAGCGCAGUAAACUAAACAUAACAUAAAUGUUAGCAAACAAUUGAGCAAAGACAGAUGUGAGAUUGAAUUAACUCUGCUGCAUCAACCUUGUGCAGUUACUCAUCCGGAGGCCUGCACGACAAAGCAAGUUCAACAUAUCCAGGAUAUCUCUUCGCUAUCUGGCUUCACUAAUCCUAACAAAGACAGCUAAGCGGUCACCUUGUUUAUCAGCUAUCAACCAUUGUUCUUGAAUCUAGUUCUCAGUGUAUUCACAUGAAAGGAGUGAUGUUGCACCAGAUGACCAAACAUGGACAAAUCCAGAGCGACAUAUGUUUAAAAAGAAGAACAAAAUAUAAUUCUAAACAAAUAUGAGGAAUUUUAAAAAUAGGCUUAAUGCAAAACAGCUGCUGUUAGGAAGGUAGCUGGCACAUAUCAUGACUCCAUCAUUAAGGCAUGAGUAUUUUUGACUAAAAUUGGACUACGAUUGUGUAUUCCAGUAGAUGUAUUACAUAGAUUUCGCCUAUUCUGUUUGCAUAUAGGGAAAUUUUAGCCUUAUUCGUGCGACUGCAAACCUCAAGAUGUUUAAAGGUUUGGAGAGCAAGUAAAGAACAAACAUAAAAAGUAGAAUUUAAAGAAGUUAGUUGAUUUUCUUGCUUUGUCAGUUGCUGUUUUAGGAUUAAAUUGCUGUACAAAGGGCUCUAAAACAUGGAAAUUGGUCUGAAGUAUAAGGAGUCAACCAGAAAGAAAUAAAGCAAGGAAGACUGGAGUUUCCUCUUAACAACAAACUCUGUUCAUUACUGAGCUCCACUGGAACAAACUUCAACACCAUUUUUCAAGAGAACUGAUUAGUCAGUUGGUUUUUAUGUAGGAUUUGAGCUGAUUUCGCAAACACAGCCAGCUCCAGAGAAGGUUAGCUGUACAGAAUAAGUUUCCAUGAAAGUGAGCCACCAUCGAAAAUUUAGGAUUAAACCCAAAGUUACCUGUCUAACCUUAAAUCCUGCGUCGUCGUACAGGCCUCUGCUGUCUGACCCAACCAAUCCCAACCGUAACCACCAAUUGCUACAGAACGUCAAUCGAGCAUCUGUCUUGUGCAGCCGCAAACACAUUUGGAGAGUUGUUUCAGGCGACCUAUCAUACUUUAUUUAGCGGUAUUUUAUUCUGCAUCACCAGGUAGUUGCUAACUUGCUUGUCUGCUGCAAAUCGUCUGUUGAUCAAAGGUGUGUCACUGAAAACAGCUGCCCCGUUAAAAUCACAAUAUUAAGCUGAAGGAUGUAAUAUUUCUCUUUUGGGUUUGGUACGAGCGACCCCUCUCACUGUAGUGACCUCGCUUUCAUUCUAGAAACUAUGGCCUUAGAUACAUACAGUGUAGUUCACAGCAGCACAUGAUUUUUUUUUAAGGGUUUUACCAUUAAAACCUCAGUGACGGUAUGCCUUUCUCAAGUCCAUACCCGUUUAAAUCCGCUGUUUGGAUAUAAAACAGCAAACUCUAUUUCUGGUAGAUGACAUGCCAAUUUUUUUUUUUCUUAGAAUAAAGAAAUAUCCUAUAGUUCAUACUCAGGAACAGUGCGCGUCUGUUUGUGUGUAGGUCACUUGUACGUGUGCGUUUUUAAACAGCAGCACUUUGACGAAGCAUCCAACUGGAGCGCGAUGGUGACGGUGGCGGCGGUGUCCCUCUUCCUCAGCUAGUUAGAGACUGUUUCUCAUCACAUCACAGGUGUAUCACUGAGAGGGAACGUUAUAAACCGGGGCAGGGAAUGUAAAACACACAUCGGGCAAGCUAUCUCAACUUUAUUUUUUUGAUGAUUUAUAGAGCUACUAUUCAGAGGAAGAAAGAAAGAACAAAAACAAAAAAAAACCGGAGAGUUGCAAAUAAGCCAGCUAGUGUCGAUCAUGUACAGUAAAUUGUAUCGUAGAAAGUGUACAGUGUGUAUUCUAACCCUUAUGUAGCCUAUGUACUGUAUGUGCCACAGCGCCUGCUUCUUCAAUCAUUCCAUUAACUCACCGAUAACGAGUGGUCCUGCUAUUGUUUUUCCGUUUUGUUUUUUUUUUGUCGGUUCAUGAAUGUUUCUGUAUCUCUUGGGGAAACAUCUACACAACUGGGCCUCCUCAGAAUUCCAUUCGACUUGCACACUUACGAGUAUGCGUGAACACGGGACUGCAGUUUGCAUCGUUAAUAGCCAUUAUAAAAAAAAAAAAAAAAACAACAACCCAGUAAUCAGACUGUUCUGUUUGUGUUUGAAUGCUCAGGCUAAACACUGCCCAGUGACUGUUCUCCUCCAGAAACGAUGUGGUCUUAAAUCCCUCACUGUUACACAGAGCAAAGCUACUGUUUGAUCAGUUUGUCUUUGUAGCUGUUUUUUUUUCUUCUUCUCUGUUAGAGCCUGGCCUGUGUUUGUACUUUCCUACAAAAAGAAAAAAAAAAACCUAAUUAUUUUUCGACCUGGAAUGACACCAUGGCACAGACAAAUCUAUGAAACGUGGAGCUGAUGUUUAAUAGCCGGGUACAUUUUUCACAUUGUCAACAAAUCCCUUCCCGACCCUUUGUGUGGCGCUCGUCCCUAAGCUCACUGAGUCCCGCUGAAACCACAAAUCUUUAAAAAGAAAAAAAAAUGUGUAGUUUCAUCUUUAUUUUAUGGCCGAGCUUAAUAGCAUUUGCGCCCAUGUGGUAUGUGCAUUAACCAUGCAGCUACUGGGUCGAUCCAUUUUUUAAAAAACAGCCUGGCACUGCAUAUUUUACAUAACUCAUUAGGGACUAUUUUCAGCUGUGGAUUGAUACCGUUAAGCCAAAAAUUAUUCAUGGCCGUGCCAGAUUUUGAUUUACAGUGAAUUUUUAUUUGACAAAUAGGUUUCUUCUGGCUAGAACUGGCAUAAACAAGUGACACAAGACGGUAAAACAUUGUGUUUGGGGUGUUUAUGGUAGAUUUGGACUGCUUCUCAUUUUUGUUGUUGCUGUUUUGUUUUUAUAUUUUUUAUUAAAAUGCCACGUCCAAAAUUAUUCAUACCCCCAAAUGCAAAUUUUUUACCAUCUUGCAUCGCUUGUUUUUAUAAUUUCCAGCCAGAACAAACUUAUUGGUCACACUAAAAAAUAUAUAUGAAUCAAAAUGAAGCAUGUGAAAGAAUAAUUUUGGGCUUAACUGUGCAUUCGGUGCUCUAGUGAGUAUCUAUAGCACCAGAUUACUGUAUGUGGACCUAACCGAAAAUAAGCUACAGUGCUGGUAUUCAGCACAUGCCAUGCUCUAGUAAAGUGUGGCUCCUUUAUAUAUUUUUUAAAUAAAUGUCAAUAAAUGUGGGUGGCACACAGUAAUAAGACCACACAGACUUGUUAAUAAUUCCUUGUUGGUUUUUCUCCCUUCGUGGGAUUUGUUGACAAUAGGAGAAAUAUAUUGCCAACCUUGUCCUUAAAAGCCCUGCAGACCCACACAGUUAUUCCUGCUAGUUAGACCUCUGCUCAGCGGCGCAUGCUGUGAAUUAAACGGCGACUCGGCAUAUGCACGAGAAUGAUAAUAAGUGGACAUUAUCCCGGCGCAGCGGGUGCACAGUCUGCACAGGCCCUCACAGUCCUGAGCAGAAGUCUAAUCAGGAUGAAGCAAAGAAAACACCUGUUAGGUUUUACCACAGGUACGACAAGUAUGUUGGGGCUUUAGGUUAGAUGUUGUUGGAAAGGUUUAGUAUUAAUAAUAUUUCAUUUUUUCUAAUAAAUAUGUUCAAGCUGGGCCCCUUAAAAUAUGUAAUUUUCACAGCCUUUCUGUACAAUGUUGAAUAUGGCAUAUAAGUGCCGCAUUGUGGUGAUCUAUGGAAUUGCACUUUGACAUAUGUGUGUGUGAGUGUGUAUGUGCGUGUGUGUGUGUGGGGGGUGUUAGUGUAACUAAUACACAAAAGUAAUGUACAGCAUAUCUGAGAGAAAUUGUACGCUACCUGUACAACGUCUCAGCGAUUUGUAAAUAGCCAAAGUCUUCCAUUAUAAUGUUGGUAUGACCUUGUGGAGAGGAUAAACACUGAUUUCCCCAUGUACAGACCUUUGAAGUGAUGUUUAAUUUCAAAAAUACAUCAUUGUUUAUUUGACAGAAACACAAGAUUUUGCUUCACCUAAGAUAUUUUCUUUUGCACCAGCUCAAAAACCCAGGAAAUAAUGGGAGUCAAAGACUUUAAAAAAAAGAAACAUAUUUUGUAAUUUGGGUCUGUUUGGAUAAAUCUCAGCUAAGACACAGUAUGUCCUAUGCGUACAGUAUGUAGUAAGUAUCAAUAAUGUUCCUUUAUUUUGAUGGUGUUGAGAUUUGCUAGUCAGAAACUGUUAAAUCUUUACUCCAAAUGUUUGAUUUUACAUUUGAUCAAAUAUAUUCAAAGAAAUAAAGAGUCUAAAGAAAA